ACUGGUGCCUCGGUCAGCUAGGUGCAGCAUGUAUGUAAGCGUGUGCAAGCCACCGGAGCCUCUGUUUACAUGUGAGCCUAUCACUGUUGCCGGAUUUAGCGCAUCUGGAGGACAGAGAAAUCUCUCGUGCCCCUCGCCCAGGGACUCUAAUUGUUUUAUCUUUCCUCAGGAAUUCGCUUUUUCCAUUUGAAUCCCUCCCAAUGGCCACUUCAAUCCCUCUCUCCCCCUUCUCUGAUGAAUUUUGGAUUUCCUCUGCAACAUGGAGCAGCUUGAAUUAGAAUUCUCUGCAUGACGAUCCUGGUAAACAGAAGGAUGGUUUCUGGGGAGGCAGGUGGGCACAGCUACCUGGUGGCAUGCUGGCAGCCCAUCCUGGUGCUGAUGCUGGGCACUGUGCUGUCUGGCUCAACCACGGGCUGUCCGUCCCGCUGUGAGUGCAAUGCUCAGGAGCGCUCGGUAGUGUGCCACCGACGGAGACUGGCAACACUUCCUGAAGGCAUACCCAUUGAGACUAGACUACUGGAUCUUAGCAAGAACCGCCUGAGAAGCCUGGGGCCCGAAGAGUUCAUCAGCUACUCUCAGCUAGAGGAGUUGCAGUUGAAUGAGAAUACUAUCUCGUCCAUCGAGCCUGGGGCUUUUAGCAACCUUGUCGGUCUGCGGACUCUAGGACUGCGCACUAACCAUCUCAAGCUCAUUCAGCUGGGAGUCUUCACAGGUCUCAGCAACCUCACCCAACUAGAUAUUAGUGAGAACAACAUUGUGAUCCUGUUGGACUAUAUGUUCCAGGAGCUUUACAAUCUGAAAACCCUGGAAGUAGGUGAUAGUGAUCUGGUUUUCAUUUCACCCAGAGCUUUCCAUGGACUCAGCAAUCUAGAAAGAUUCACCAUGGAGAGAUGCAACCUAACCUCUGUGCCCACGGAGGCCCUGAGCCAUCUGCAAAACCUGCUAUCGCUGCGGCUACGCCAUCUCAGUGUCAAUGUCAUCCGAGAUUACUCCUUCAAGAGGCUGUACCGUCUCAGGGUCUUAGAGAUUUCUCAUUGGCCCUCCCUGGAAACAAUGAUGCCGAAAUGCCUGUAUGGACUAAACAUAACAUCUUUGACCAUCACAAACUGCAAUCUGACUGCAAUCCCCUAUCAAGCCAUCCGACAUCUGGGGCACCUUCGCUUUCUGAACCUGUCCUUUAAUCCCAUUCACAAUGUCGAAGGGAACAAACUGCACAAUCUAAUCAAACUCCAAGCUAUUUACUUGGUGGGAGGGAGAUUAGCAACUAUCGAGCCCUACUCUUUCCGUGGACUGAACCACCUCAGAAUCCUCAACGUAUCCAGCAAUAGCCUGAGCACCCUUGAAGAGUCUGUCUUUCACUCAGUGGGGAAUCUGGAGACCCUGGCUUUAUAUGAUAACCCCCUAUCCUGCGAUUGUCGACUGCUGUGGGUCUUUCGCCGGCGUUGGAGGCUCAACUUCAACCGGCAGCAACCCACCUGCUUUUCACCGAGUGCCGUGCAGGGCAAAGAAUUUAAAGACUUCCCUGAUAUUCUCCCUGCUGAUUACUUCACCUGCCAAAAGUCUAAAAUUCAAGACCACAAAGCCCUACAGAGGCAUGUGGAUGAGGGGACCACUGUGCAUUUCACUUGCCAAGCAGAUGGUGAUCCAGCUCCUGUGAUAAUGUGGCUAUCUCCCAGGAAGCAGUUCAUCACAGCCAAAUCCAUUGGCCGACUUACAGUGUCAGCUGAAGGAACACUAGAGGUCCGCUACGCUCAAAUCCAGGACAACGGUACCUACCUGUGCACUGCGAUCAAUGCAGCUGGAAAUGAUUCAAGACCAGCUCAUCUGCAUGUGCACAGCUACUCCCCAAACUGGCCCCAUCAGCCCAACAAAACGUUUGCCUUCAUUUCUAACCAGCCCAGCGACGAUGGUGCCAACGGAACCCGGACCAUGGUUCCUUUCCCGUUUGAUGUGAAGACUCUGGUUAUAGCCACUACCAUGGGAUUUAUCUCAUUCCUCGGUGUUGUCCUCUUCUGUCUUGUUAUCCUGUUUCUGUGGAGUAGGGGGAAAGGUAACGCAAAGCCAAACAUAGAGAUUGAGUAUGUGCCACGAAAGGCAGACGCCGGUGAAGGCAGUCCUACUGAUGCCCCACGUAAAUUCAACAUGAAAAUGAUGUGAGACUCAGAUAUUGGUAACCUCACUGACUUUAAAGGAGGUUGGAUACAAUAUGCUCUUGCAAUACAUGUUGAAUUGAUGGGAGUUUUAGAACAUACACAGCAGAAAAAGUCUCUUGAGACGAUAUCCAAGACUGUUUUACCUUCAGGGACUGAAUCUUAAGAAGCAAAUGCUGAAUUUAAAGUAUUGGACUUUAUGUCAGUUUUUAUGGGCAAUAGAUAAAUAAGCCAGUCCUGUUGUUUGCUCCUUUGUGUCAGUAAAGGGAGAUUGUCAACCUUAUCUAGCCUUUUGACUAAAUGUAUUUUUCUUGUUCUUUCCAUGUACAUUAAGCAAUGGACAGAGAAGCAUUGGUAAAAAGAAUAGUAGAAAGCACAAAACUUUUCAAAGGUCGCAGUUCAUGGCAAGAGACACAAUAUCAUGAUUGAGACAAGAGCAAGAGUAAAUAAUUAGUUAAUUUAUUUUUCCAAAGUAUUAUGCUUGACAAUCCUAGAAAGUCAAUGACUGAGAUGAUUGAUAAGUAUUGUAUGAUGUACAGUAUUCUGUUAAUUUUUCCAGGUGCAUGUGCAGUAGCACUGUGCUUUCCAAACCCUUGUUUUGUAUAGUCACACAUUCAUACAAAAAACGUUCAUACAUCAUCGUACAAUACUUUUGGCGUUCAUGAUUUGAUGCCUUACGUUUUCUUUAUGUGUUUUCUUGUUUUGAAUUAACUAGAACAGGCUGUUAUAAUGCACAUGCUCAUGUUAAAUGUAUUUUUUAUUUGGUAGAAUAAAAACCCAGCCAUAGUAUUGAAGUUAAUAAUGUGUUAUGGACAGAUGAAAGGCCAAUUAAAAUAUUAGCAUUGUAUACAUUUUGGGUAAUUAUUUUAUGAUAACCUGUGUGUAUGAAAGUGGUGUUCCCAAAAAAUGUGAUGUGUUCAUUCUUUAUGAGAGUAUGUUUCAGGUGA